UAUGAAGUAAUAUUUAGUGGGGGAGAAGAAAUAACUGAGAAGGCAAGAAGGGCAUUGCAGAAAAAACCCAUCUUGGUGUGAAGAUUUGGUGCUCCAAAACUGCCAAAGUGACGUGGGUUUGUGGGGUUGGAUCUUGGGAAAUUUGAGAGAUUCAUGUUUUCCAUGGAAUCCAUGGUCUCAAUCUGAUCACCACCAAAAGGAUGUCCCAGGCUGAUGUCUCUUACAGUUGCGGGUCUUGUGGGUACCCUCUGAAUUUAACAUCUUCCAAUCGUAUCACCUCUGGUAUAGGCUCCGAGUAUCGCAAAUCCAUAAAGAAAGGUCUCAUCUCUUUCCUUUCUGUUGAUCUCAGUCGAUUCACACAAGUUGACGAGGUACACUGUCUUCCUCUGCCUUGGGGGGGCCAUCGUUCAAAAACUAAACUCUUGUGCCGUAAAUGUGGAGUUCUUAUAGGCUAUGGAUAUGGAGAUUCACCUGCUCUCUGUGGUUUUGACUUAGCUAACUCAUCUAACUCAGCUUGCGAAAAGUUUGUGAUAAAGAUCCGAGCUCUACAACCUUCAGAAGAGCGCUAACAAAAUUAAUAUGGAGGGUCCUUCUAGAUACUAUCUUACCUCCAUCAAGGACCUCCCUGAAGAUUGUCUUAAUUUUAUUUUCCAACGGCUUGACUGCAACUCUGAUCGUGAAUCAUUUGGUUUGACCUGCCAUCGUUGGCUUCGCAUUCAAAACAUAAACCGUCGGUUCUUACAGUUCCAAUGUUCAUUCACCCAACUUGACGUUUCCUCAUUAUCUCAAACCAGUCCCACCAUUAGCUCUUUCCAUCUCAAUAGGCUGCUUACCCGUUUCCAGCUUCUAGAAUCAUUAUCCCUUUCUGGUUGCACAGAGCUGCCUGAUUCAGGCUUAACUCCUUUGCAGGAUUAUGGUUCAAGACUGCAAACUAUUUUCCUGGAUUGCUGCUUUGGAAUCACUGAUCAAGGACUUUCCCUGAUUGCUACUGGCUGUCCUUUGACGGUUAUUAGUCUUUACCGCUGUAAUAUCACUGAUGUUGGGUUGCAGAACUUGGCAAAAUCUUGCUCAGCUUUAAAGGAUGUGAAUCUUUCCUACUGUGCACUUAUUUCCGACCAUGGGAUAAGAGCUCUUUCCCAAAAAUGUUGUCAGCUUCGGGCAGUUAGCAUAUCUUUCUGCAAGGGUGUGAGUGGUGUUGGAUUUAGCGGCUGUUCGCCAACUCUAGCUUAUUUAGAAGCCGAGUCAUGCAAACUUGGGCCAGAGGGGAUAACUGAGAUUGUCAGUGGAGGUGGACUUGAAUAUUUGAAUGUUUCUAAUCUGAGAUGGUGCAUUACUGGAGAUGGUUUGGCAGCAAUUGGGGCAGGACUCGGUACAAAGCUGAGAGUUCUUAACUUGCGAAUGGGUAGACUUGUUAGCAGUGAGUCUGUUGCAGCAAUUGCAAAGGGAUGCCCAUUACUUCAAGAGUGGAACUUAGCAUUAUGUCAUGAGGUGAAGAUCCCAGGGUGGAAGGCUGUCGGUGAAAACUGUCACAACUUGGAGAUAAUACAUUUGAAUAGAUGUAGAAAUCUUUGUGAUCAAGGGUUGCAGGCUCUGAGGGAUGGGUGCAGACAACUCAGGAUAAUGUACAUCAAUGGAUACUAUCAGGUCAGUGUUGCAGCCAUGGAGAUGUUUAAAUGGUCAAGAAGUGAUGUGCAGAUAAAGGAAGAAGAAAUAACCAUUGUGCCUAACUGGCCAUUUAGAUAAAUGCAGGAUGAAGCAAUCAACUAUUUAGAAGAAAACUUGAAAAAAAAACCAUCAAGAUGCUUGAACUUGGCUGAAAAUUUGUGUGCCAUUGAAGAAGCCACAACUGCUCUAAUCAUUGAUGAAAUUCCAUUUAAGUUAUUAUUAGGUCUUAGAUACAUUGAUAAACAGAUCUCCGUUUCUAAGAUUCAUCAUUUAGAUGAUCCUCAAAUGAGUAAAACUCAUUCUUCAUAGAAAACCAAAUAUUUUUAUGCUC